GUUAAUAAAAUUUCUUGUUUUUACUAGCAUUAUGAAUACGGAACAUUAAGAGCAUUUACCUAAGAAAAAAUUUCUUCUAAAAAAAUAGAUUUCAGAAAAAUUAUUUAAUUCUCACUCUCCUUCACAUCAAUAUGAGUUUAAAGGAGGUUCUCCCCAAAAUUAAAGGAAAAUAAUAUUUCCACCAAUUUAAGUAUCUUAAGAGCAUUCUGAUUAAAAGAAUUAGAAUAGCCCUAAAUUUAAUAUGGCAGUCGAAAAAAUGGAUUAUAUAAAAUUACCUGAGAUUGACGAAAAAUUCUUUUUUAAAAGGUCAAUCUAGUAAGAUCUAUUUAAUGCUAAAGGUUAAUAUUAAAAUAAGAAAACAACAACAGAGGAGUAUGAAGCUAUUGAAAAUGAACAAAUUAUCUCUGCUCAUCAUGCUAUUAACAAGAAAGUAGAUUUUUAAGAGGAUGUUAUCAUAUAUGAUUAUGUCAAUUAAACUUGUAAGAAAAGUAAUAUUGAUGGUUCAUAGAAACCAUUAAAGUUUAUAAGAUAAAAAAAAAAUUUUAGUGAUGAUUUUCGAAAUUAUAAUGACACAUUUAGACAUAAUGGCAAAUCUUAGUUUUUUGAGACAAGGGAAAGAAAUAAUUAAAAACACUAUAUAAUCGAUACUUUAUAGAUGGAAAAUCACAAUUAAUUAAAUAUUGAAUGA